GACCAUGACUCAACAGAGAGAGAGACUAUAAAUACCGUUUUCUCCGCUCGCUUUUUCUACCGGAAACGAAAUUCACGCCUCUUUCUCUCGGUGAACAAGAUUUGAUCGAUUUCAGCGUAGAGAUUCAAAAUUUCCGAGUUUCGAUCGAUCAAACGCACUCAGCUUCCACGAUUUUCGAUCUGUUAGCAAAAAGGUCGAGAAAUCAAGGUUCGGGAGCACCAAACGCGCUCAAAACCGACGGAUUCGGAAAUCUCGAUCGAAUCGAACAGUGUAAUCUGAUGAAGCUACCAAUGGUAGACUGCCGUAGCUUGAUCGAGUUCUGCAAAGCUUUCGAGCAGCACAGGAAUUCUCUAGCCACGACAGACCACCGAAACAACCAUACUCACUCUCGUAAUAAGAGGCACAGCAAGUCCUUAAACCCAUUAUCCCAUCCAUUCUGCGACCACUCGCCUUUUGCCGCCAUUGAUAUCAUCAUACUUCUUCUGGUACUCGGCGCCCUGGGGGUUUUGACUGUCCCAUACUUCAAGUUCAUCUUCCGAGAAGCUGCUGAGCUUCUUCCAGAAGCUUUCGUCCUCAUCGGAGACGUUUUAUAUACAGCACCAGUCGCUUAUGCAGUUGGCUUGGUCAUGAUGUUUGUUAUCAUGGUUGUGGCAUGGGAGAUCAUCCAUCACAAGUCUCGGAAAUGUGGGAAUCCUUAUUGCAGGGGUCUUCGUAAAGCUGUCGAGUUUGAUAUCCAGCUUGAAUCAGAAGAGUGUGUGAAGUACAUGCCACCUUUGCCAAAGGAUCUGUAUGGGGCACGCCCGCUGGAGUUAGGGGAGGAUCACAAGGAACUGGAAGCUGAGUUGAAAAGGAUGGCACCACUCAAUGGACGUACUGUUCUUAUUUUUCGAGCGCCUUGUGGAUGCCCCGCAGGUAGAAUGGAGAAGGAGAAAUAUCACGAUGCAGCUCCAUCCAGCAAGGAUUUUUAGUCCUAUCGGUGGUAAACUUCUUGUACGCUUGAAGCAUGCCCAAAGUGCGUGGCCUGGUCCAAGUAGACAACAGGUUCUUCAGCACCAGUUGCAGCAACAAUGCCAAUGGACAGCAGAUGUAGGAUGUAGCAGUGUUGAGCAAAGCUGCAAGGUCCAAAGGCAAGUGCAUCUUUUCUUGUAUGCCUGUAUACUGCCUGUGUUUGCUAAGACAUGGCAUGUUAUCUGAAUCCUUAAUGUUCUCAAACCACCAGAUGAACAGAUCUUCAUUCCAAUGUCAAUGUGUUAUACGGUAAAUGUACUAUGGAACAACCUAUGGUAUCUCGAUGUUAGAUUUAGCUACAUCCUUAAAAGACCUACUGAAAUUGGAUCAAUGACCGACGUUUAAUUGACAUAAUCUCUGGCUAUUCAUUUCUACACACAA